UGGGUCCUCGGCUCGCCUCUUCCCUCCUGCCUAGCUCGCCGGAGCUUCCUGCCCAAGCCCCAACCACCUGUGCACCGGAGAAACCCAACUCCUCCUGCUCCGCACCCCGGGGGAAGGCAGGGGCAGGGCCAAGCCGCAGAGGGGGCCGCCACCGCCUCCUGCCGCCUCCUCGUCUCCUCCCCCUCCCCCGUCUGACGCUGCCUCCUUGGGAAGGGUGUUUGGAGGGCAGCGGCCGCCCCAAGCCGAAGCCCCGCAGCGCUUCUUAUGAUCAGCUCGGUGUGUGUCUCCUCCUACCGUGGGCGCAAGUCGGGGAACAAGCCUCCGUCCAAAACAUGUCUGAAGGAGGAGAUGGCCAAGGGCGAGGCGUCGGAGAAGAUCAUCAUCAACGUGGGCGGCACGCGACAUGAGACCUACCGCAGCACCCUGCGCACCCUACCGGGCACCCGCCUCGCCUGGCUGGCAGAUCCCGACGGCGGGGGCCGGCCCGAGUCCGAUGGCGGCGGUGCAGGCAGCAGCGGCGGCGGGAGCUGCGAGUUCUUCUUCGACCGGCACCCGGGCGUCUUUGCUUACGUGCUCAACUACUACCGCACCGGCAAGCUGCACUGCCCCGCCGACGUGUGUGGGCCGCUCUUCGAGGAGGAGCUCACCUUCUGGGGCAUCGACGAGACCGACGUGGAGCCCUGCUGCUGGAUGACCUACCGGCAGCACCGCGACGCCGAAGAGGCGCUCGAUAUCUUCGAGAGCCCGGACGGAGGCGGCGGUGGCCCGGGGACCGGCGACGAGGCCGGCGACGAUGAGCGGGAGCUGGCCCUGCAGCGCCUGGGGCCCCACGAGGGAGGGGCAGGCCCCGGCGCGGGGUCCGGGGGCUGCCGUGGCUGGCAGCCCCGCAUGUGGGCGCUCUUCGAGGAUCCCUACUCCUCCCGGGCGGCCAGGGUGGUGGCCUUCGCCUCUCUCUUCUUCAUCCUGGUCUCCAUCACCACCUUCUGCCUCGAGACGCAUGAGGCCUUCAACAUUGACCGCAACGUGACCGAGAUCCACCGGGUGGGCAACACUACCAGCGUGCACUUCCGGCGGGAGGUGGAGACAGAGCCCAUCCUGACCUACAUCGAGGGCGUGUGCGUGCUGUGGUUUACCCUGGAGUUCCUGGUACGCAUCGUGUGCUGCCCGGACACUCUAGACUUUGUCAAGAACCUGCUCAACAUCAUCGACUUCGUGGCCAUUCUGCCCUUCUACCUGGAGGUGGGGCUGAGCGGCCUGUCCUCCAAGGCGGCCCGAGACGUGCUGGGCUUCCUGCGCGUGGUGCGCUUCGUGCGCAUCCUGCGCAUCUUCAAGCUCACGCGCCACUUCGUGGGGCUGCGCGUGCUGGGCCACACCCUGCGCGCCAGCACCAACGAGUUCCUGCUGCUCAUCAUCUUCCUGGCCCUGGGCGUGCUCAUCUUCGCCACCAUGAUCUACUACGCCGAGCGCAUUGGCGCCAGGCCCUCCGACCCACGGGGCAACGACCACACCGACUUUAAGAACAUCCCCAUCGGCUUCUGGUGGGCGGUGGUCACCAUGACGACGCUGGGCUAUGGGGACAUGUACCCCAAGACGUGGUCAGGCAUGCUGGUGGGGGCGCUGUGUGCGCUGGCUGGCGUGCUCACCAUCGCCAUGCCCGUGCCGGUCAUUGUCAACAACUUCGGAAUGUACUACUCCCUGGCCAUGGCCAAGCAGAAGCUGCCGAAGAAAAGAAAGAAGCACGUGCCCCGGCCACCCCAGCUGGAGUCACCCAUUUACUGCAAGUCUGAGGAGACCUCGCCCCGGGACAGCACCUACAGUGAUGCCAGCCCUCCUGCCCCAGAAGAGGGUAUGGUUGAGAGGAAACGGGCAGACUCCAAACAGAACGGCGAUGCCAAUGCGGUGCUGUCAGAUGAGGAGGGAGCUGGCCUCACCCAGCCCCUGGCCUCUGCCCCCACCCCUGAGGAGCGCCGGGCCCUGCGACGCUCUGGUCCCCGAGACAAAAACAAGAAGGCAGCGGCCUGCUUCCUGCUCAGCGCCGGGGACUAUGCCUGUGCCGAUGGUAGUGUCCGGAAAGAGACCUGCCAAGACGCCCUCUCGCCCAGCUAUGCCCAGGCUGAAGUCCUCACCCUCUCUUAAGCGGCACCAACGUGAGAGAGGCAGGCAGACAGACAGAAAGCCAAAGGCUUAGGGAAACUCUGGAACCCUGGCAAGAAUCUUUCGCUGGGAAAGACUCAGAGAUCCUUGUUUGCACAGGACUGAUGGAAAACCUCCCAUGUGACCCUCGGGGCCCAGAGCUAUCUGGGUCUGCUGUUCUGUUCUGUUGUACACUGAAGAUAUAUAUGCACAUAUAGUAUCUAUAUUCAUACGUGCUAUACUUGUGUGUAGUGCACGUGCUAUUGGUGUCUGUCUUCUCUGUUAGGCCGUGUCUCCCCGAGCCUGUGCCCCACCCCCGUGUCCCCAUCCCCUUCCCUUCCCUGACGCCUUGUUUCUGCUGCACAUGUGUGUGGAAUGUCCCAAGAAAGAGCGUCUGGGAUCUGCCAGUCCCACCCGGGGUGGGGCGGGGGGAGGGUCCCAGGCUAGACUUGCCCUCUUGGGGUCAUUUCCCCUGUGGCCGGUGGUCUGUGGAAAGCCCGGUUGCCCCCCGGGGUCACUGCUCCACUAGCCUCACCCCACUCCAGAUUGGGGUUCUACCUCCCACCCCACACCCCAGUUUUGGGGGACUUCCAGGGGCUCCUCUGAGGCUUCUUCCCCACUCCUCCACCUUACCCGUGUCCUGGACCCAGGGGGCAUUUUGUCUUUUUUUUAUUUUGGGGUUUUUGUUCUGUCUCCUCCGUCCAUUUGUUUUCAAAGAUGCUGCUGGGCAGACGGGCAGGGAAGGGGUCUGUCUGCCCAUCUGGCUCAGGGGUCUGAGAAGGGGAAGCCUCGGGCAAGCGGAGACCAGUUGCAAUACUGUACUUCCUGGCCAGUGGCCAGAGGACGCGUGCAAUAGCGGAGGCCGGGUGACCCCUUCAACCUUGGCCUCUGCCCCUCCCGCGGCCCUCCUGCCCCACUCCCCCCCCGCCCUGCCCCUCCCCGGUGUUGGUCAAUCCUUUUGUAAAGCUGUCCCCCCGUGUAUGUGUGCGUGUGCGUGUGCGUGUGCGUGUGUGUGUGUGUGUUGUGUGUGUGUCUGAGGCAUGCCUAGGCUGGGCCCUGCCGCCCUGUCUGCGCGCCUUCCACUGUCGUGCUGUGUUCGAGCCCCAAUAAAGACAC